AUGGCUGAAGGAGACGCACCCAAAAAGGACUCAACCGCCAAAGAUAACUCGCGAAAUUCUCCAGCGUCCAAAGGUGAAAACGCUGCUGCGGGGACUCACGCCAGCCCCAAGAAGCGUCGCAAGGUUAAUCAUGCAUGCGUCUACUGUCGGCGAUCGGAGCGGCCGUGUACACGAUGUAUAAAGCGCAAUAUUGGCCACCUGUGCCAUGACGAGCCUAGAGAACCUUCAAAGCGCGCUCGGAGUGAACACGAACACUCUGUAGGAGAUGACGAAAGCGUGCAGAACAAUGACUUUUCGAACGUCCUUCAAGUUCUCGGUUACAAUGAUUGGCUUGGUGGUCAAAGCCAAUUUCAGGAUAUGCACACUUUCCAUCCUUCGUAUAUGUUCAAUGCUCCGGAGGUCACAAAUGAGUACAACCUUCUUGGUGACUUCCUGAGUAACAGUCUCUUGGAUGACGGAUCUAUGUUCCAGAAUGAUGAUCUGCAGGGGAUCUACUCUGACCCGACGUUGAUCGGUUCGAUGGCAACACUCGGUGGGGGACCUAACGCGGCGCUACUUCAGCAAUCGCAACCGCCGCCUUUGACCCAGACCCAACCAUCUCAGGGCGAAUCAAUCCAGGGUCCGAUUAGUGGAGCGGUCAAUGAUAAAGCGCGGGAAACAUAUUACAUGACGGCAGCAGAUCCUUCCGGGUCUGACCCACCGGAAGAGCGAAUGAACAAGCUCCUGAAGGCUAAAUACGAUGCUGGCCUUCUCAGGCCAUUUAACUACGUAAAGGGCUACGCCAGGUUAAACCAAUAUAUGGAAAAGAAUCUGCAGCAAGCCUCGCGCCAGAAGAUUCUCCGACAACUCGAUAAAUUCAGGCCAAAGUUCCGGGAGAGAAUGCAGAGUCUGACGGAUAUCGAGCUUAUCCUUGUGGAGAUGUGGUUUGAACGGAGCUUGAUGGAAUACGAUCGUGUCUUCGCUAGUAUGGCGAUUCCAGCUUGCUGCUGGAGGCGUACGGGUGAGAUCUUUCGAGGCAAUAAGGAGAUGGCAGAAUUGAUCGGAGUUCCAAUUGAAACUUUAAGAGAUGGCAAGCUAGCCAUUCACGAAAUUAUUGUGGAAGAUCAGCUUGUGAGCUACUGGGAGAAAUUUGGAGCAAUUGCUUUUGAUAAUACACAAAAGGCAAUGCUAACAAGCUGUACAUUGAAAAGUCCUGACUCUAACGCUCCUGGCGAUGGAAUCCCUUGCUGCUUUUCAUUCACAAUACGGAGAGACCCGCACAAUAUAGAUGGCCCCAUGAGUUUGCUGUCAAGGCGCUUCAGCUUGAGAUUUUAA